CUCAAUCUUUAGCUCUCGGCCAACCUCUGCACCAAAUGUUCAUCAGCUGGCAGUUCCGUACGCAAUUUAAAUUGUCAUUUGUAAACAAGUUGUCAAACGGGUUUCCUAGGUAACUUUGACUUUGCAAGACUGUGUCUUUUACGGUUUACUGGAAGCUGGGCAAUCUUAAUGAUGAGUGAUUUCGGUAUUCGAGCGCUUCAUUAUGUUUUCAAAAUAGGGGAUCGGGCCAAAAAUGCAUUCUUCUACCGGAAUAUUUUAGGAAUGCAGGUACUGCGACAUGAAGAAUUCACUGAAGGAUGCGAUGCACAGUGCAAUGGACCUUACGAUAACCGGUGGAGCAAAACAAUGGUCGGUUAUGGCCCAGAAUCGACACAUUUUGCAAUUGAGCUGACUUACAAUUACGGUGUAACAUCCUAUGAACUCGGUAAUGAUUUCGGCGGAAUAACUAUACGAUCAAAGGAGAUAAUUGAAAGGGCCAAACAGCAUAAGUAUCCUUUUGCUUCUAGUGGCUCACAGUUUAUUUUAACGGCACCAGACGGAUAUAAGUUCUAUAUUUUGGAUGAAACUCAACCAAUAGAUUCUGAUCCGGUUUACAAAGUAACCUUGCAUUCAUCGAAUCUUGGAAAAUCCCGGAGUUAUUGGCAUGAUACAUUGAAAAUGGCUAUAUUGGAAGAAACCCCACACUAUUUAUUAAUGUCGUACGGUGAAAAACAAGCAAAACUUGAAAUUCGGGAAAUUGCAGCUCCCUUAAAUCGUGGGAAAGCCUACGGAAGGAUUGCUUUCGCAGUUCCAUAUGAAAUUCAACCUAAAAUUGACGAGCUUGUGAAGAAGAUAGCCGGAAAAAUAUUGACACCACUGAUUUCGUUAGAUACACCGGGGAAAGCAACAGUUCGAGUAAUUAUACUGGCUGAUCCGGAUGAUCAUGAAAUUUGCUUUGUUGACGAAGAGGGCUUCACUUUAUUGUCGGCUGUUGAUCCCCAGGGAAAUGAAUUACUUGAUAAAUACAUUAAUAAAGAUCCCUUCCAAAUUAAGUAAAAUAAUGAAUUCAAAAUUAUUUUCUAAAAAAUUGUUACUAUACAUAUGUAUGCACAUAAUUGUUGACUUAUAACUGUUGGGCAAUUGGGGUAUUAAAUAAAUGGGGCAUCAUAUUUUAA